AAAAAAAAGGUUCUGGUAUGGGAAGGGUAACUUACUGAACUUCCCUUUUGGGUAUCCUUUGGAUGCUCAGCCUUUACUCCAGUAUGUGCCUUAUCAAUGUCACCAUUUUGUUUUUGUGAACUAGGUAGGAACAGUAAUUGAUUAUUCUGGACAAGUUCUAAUUCUGAAAGGUCAUUGUUUAGACUUGACUUCAAAAGAUCUUUCACUUUUUAAGUAUUUUCAUUUAAGAAAAGAAUCUUAAUUGUAGCCUGUACACAGUUUAGUCCCACACCCCAGGGUGCCCUGCCCCUUCACUCUGGAACUCUGUUGGAUUUGGUCACCCUCUGACCUCAGGGACAUCUCCGUCUUCCUCCUUAUGCCCACCAGCAGGCCUAGGAAUUCAGUCGUCUGCAUGUGUACUUUUCCCUUUUUCUCUGCUAUAUGUUUUGUGGUGUAAUCAGCCUGUCAAGGUGAAUGGCCUAUCUGGGCACCACUGCUUCACUCUUAAACUGCUCUUCUGUCAAAAUCUGUGAAAGGCAUUGUUUGUUUGUUUGUUUGUUUUGGCUUUCUUUUUUGAUGUGUUCCUUUAAAUAUGGUUAAGAGAUAAAACCAAUCAGAUAGGAAAUACAGUUUUAAUGUCUUGUACAUAUUAAAAUAUUUCUCCUGAAGUGGGUUUUAUUUACUUUUCACUGAAUUCAAAGGGUCAACUUAAGACAUCUCAGAGUAACAAACAUUCUCAGUGGUAGGACUAAUAAGCAUGGCUCUAUAUUGUGUUCACUCUUGUUUAGGUAACAAAACUAGGGUUUUAUUAUGUCAGGGGAUAUAAAAUACAUCAGGUCAUUCUUUCUGUCCAAAGAUCUCUGGAAAGUGGUAGAACUGAGACUAGCACAUGUACAUUAGGUUAAAUUCCCUGUUUCAUGCAGUUCUUUUUGCCUUGUUUGUAUGUAUUGUCUUAAAUUCAUAGCUGCUUUGUCUGGGGUAACUUAAAGAGGCUAAAGUGACCAAAGAUCCCUCCCUUGUUACUUUAAUAAGUAAAAGAAAAGUUAGUUGUAGCAUAGGUUUCUAAUAAUGUUGUUCAAAUGAUAAGUCACUAUCUCUAAUGCCAGCUACAAAAAUUCAACAUGUAUGAAUUGUUUGGAACAGCAUUAUUGGAGGGGACUCCCUUCCCCCGUCUUAUUUCUCUCCCCUUUUCCUAUUCAUUUUAUUCCUUUGUCUAAAAGAGAACAUUGGUGUGGUUCUCAUUUGCUGCUUUGAACACUCCAUCGCAUUCUACAGUUGACUUUCUAUAGGUAUUCGGGAUGGAACACGAAGUUUAACUUCCAAUCCUAAGAUUUUCCUUGAGUUUUUUUGUUUUGAUUUCUGGCCUUUUUCUGUCCUGCCAGUUCCCUGUAACUAUCCCAUUGCCCCUGGGUUCUGCCAUGGGCUGUCCCUAAGCAGCAUUCAACUGAAUUCAUUCAGUGGGUGAUUUCUGUGGAGUCGCCUAUCCUGGCCAUCCACAGACAGAACGUUGGCCCCGCUGGGGACCUAGGUCUGGAUCCGAUUGGCAACCAAGACUAGUGCUUCACUCUCUUUUGGUUUGGGGGGGGGUUGUUAGUAGCCAAUUUGAUCAUGAAACCCUCAGCAUUGGUAAGUUGAUUGUACUAUGCAAGGAAGAUUUAUCUAAAGUUAGCUGGCCUUAUAUAAUGAAAGUUCGUCACUUUCUUGAAAGACAUACAGUGGUUCAAGCUUUUGUGAGCAUUAAAAUGCUAGAUUUAUUUUUUUCAUGGGGAAUGGGGCAUGUAUUUUAUAUGAAUAAUUACCUUUUCAUUCCACAAGAAGUUCAAGGCUGUGCUCCUGGAGUGCCAGGCUCCUGGGCUCCAGGAGUGGUGAGAAGCAGAACAGGGAGGCCCUGCUGUGGCUGAGGGUCGACCCUGAGAAAGGGUGUCUCCCUCCUCCUCCCUUUCUCCCUCCCCUCUCUCUCACCCACCGUCCUUCCUCCUCCUCCACCCUCGAAGCUGGCAGGUCGGAGUAGCCAAGAGGUGGAGCCCUGUGCCCAUCACCCUGUCUAAGUUCUGGAAGAAUCCUUUGGAGGUGCCUCCCUGCGUGCUAGGCCUGGGAGGCGGAGCCGAGCGGGUCCAAGGCUGAGGCCGCAUUCCGACCAGUGCUAGUUCUCCCCCUUUGGCCUCCCCUCGCCUUCCCUCCUCUUCUGUCCCACCUCCCCCAGUGCCCCCACAUCCCCUUUGUGCUCCUUUACUGUGUCCACACCCCAACGCCCCUGGAAGGCAGUGGCCUAGAGUCCCCAGGCCACAUCCCUUUGAAUUCCCAGUGCCAACAACUAGGGUGCCCCGUGGGGGCCGCCCGGGUCACAUUGUUCUAAGAGAAUGUGCAGAAUCUUCCCUUUGACGGGGUUGUAGUGAAACCGAAAUAAAGUAGGCUGCCAGCUUGAGUGCUUUCGUCUUAGUACUUUCUUUCAUUUUGGGAUCACUGUAUUCUGCUCAGAACCCUGAGUUCCAAUGAAGGGGGUGAACGCGGGAAGCAGUUUUUUGAAAGAAUUUUUGAGUUUCCCAGAUUACACUUGUAUAAACUCCGCCUAAAUUUUCUCCAUGGGUGGGGGUGGCAGAAACUGGUGUACAAAUGUACUAUUUACACCCCGUGGCGUCUCCCCCACACACACACCCGACCACCUAUCAAGCUUCCUGUCGGAGCUCUCUUGGCCUAUUCCUGCCUUUCUGACAACAUCCUGUUGUAAAUGGGCGAUACUUGGUGGGGUUUUGUUUAUGGAUUGGGGAUAUUUACGGAAGAAUUUCUUGAGACCACUGGAGACCAAUUGUUUCCUUUUCUGGGUUUUACUUGCAAAGUAAGUUUAGGAGGAAGUAAAGUUUUGAAGGAAGUAUUUAGUUAGUAGAGUUCAAUUAAAAAAAUAUCCAAGUUCAAUCUUCCAAAUUCCCUUUUUACCUGGGGGAGCAACUCGCUGGAGUUACUGCAGUUAAACUGGGACAGAGCACUGACAUCAACAGUCCCCUCAGAGAGCCCAGAGUGGGUAGUCAGGCCAGGUCUCCAAAGCAGAGCCAGCUUGUGGGGGUGGCGGGGCAGGAGCUUCUUGCUCAGUGGUAGCCCUGACUCGUCGAGUUUAGAACAGCCCUGAGUCUUGUGCAUCAUAGAGCACUGCAGUGAGGACGGGUGGGGUUCCCUUUGUUCCCCACGUUUCUCUUUAGCGUUCCCCACGUUUCUCUUUAGCCUUCCCCUCUGUCCACCUGCUUUUCUAGUCUGAGUUUUCCAGUGCUUCCUGGUCCAUCCCCCCUUCUGUUCCCUCAGUGCCUUUUCAUCUUUCAUGCCCAGCCUGAAACUGCACUUGAGAGUUAAAAUCUUUUAAAGCUCACCUUCUGACAGAAAGAAUUUGCUGUUUUUUACUUCAUUUAAAGAUUCUCAGCCAAAGAGUUGGGUAGAGGUUCCCCCAUACCAAGUCCACUUAGCCCCUUGCAGGGAGGCCUCCUGUGGUCUUCAUCCCAGCACGUGAGCCCCGUUUUAGACUGCUUGCCCGAAAUCACACCAUGCAAGCUGGUCUCGACCCCAUCUCUCUGGUUUCUAAACUUUACACAAUAUCUGAGGGCAAACGCCUCUUUUCUCAACCUGCAGACACAAGCAAGAGGGAAGAGUGUCGAGCCCAUCCUUGCCAGGUUCUAUUAGGUUAGAAUCACACCAGCAGGAGCAAGCUGUGUUUUCCUUUAAAAGAAAACUGACGGUCUCAGAAACUGGCAGGCCUUGUAAUCUUUAGAGAUGUUUAGUAAAAGGAACACCUGCCCCAAAGCCCCUGCCUGGUUCGUGUGUGGAAGCAGCGCAGAGGCUUUACUGCACUCUGGACAUCUUUUUGUUCUUUGCCAGGAGCUGACACCAGAGGCUAGAGGGUCCCAGCUUCUAGGGAGUGUGUGGCUGUUCCCGAGGUGGGGGCGCAGGGGAGCACGCCAUGGCCAGUGACCAGGGUGCCUCAAGGCAGCAGCUGCUUCCCCCCAUCCCAAUGUUUCCCGAGGUAUCUGGAGACACAGACGGGUGGUGGGGUGUCACCCUAGUUAGUAUUGAGUGAACUGAAGAAAACCCAAGUGGAAGGCCCAACACCCGCCGGACCCCACUUUCUGCUCCUGAGAGCAAAUGUCUAAUCGGUCCCUCCAGAGCUGUGGGCAAAUACGCCGGUGCAUUUCUUUGCUGGGUCAGUAGUUGUGAGUGCAGUGAGGUAGAGAUUUGGGGCCAUCCGCCUCCCCGUGGGGGGCCCGGAGUUUGGGACGUGCAGUCCGGAGAAGAGAAAAACCAGGCCUUCUCUUCCUUCAUCCUCUUCCCAGGAGCUCCCCGGUCCCACCGAGCCGGGCAGCAGUGAAGGCCUGGCCAAAGUGCAGCCCCUAGAGGGGUUAGAGGGGCUGCACUCAACGCUCCGCCCGCGCCCUGCCGAGCCGUUCCCAGAGAUGCCGCCGAGGGCCCCGCCUCAGCUUUCCUCCUUGGGUUCGGGAAACCAGGCGGGAAGCUGGCCGGUGCGGGCAAACGGCGCAGGUCCGGAGCGCCAAUAUGGGCGGCGGGCGCAUGCGCGAGGGGCGCCGCUCUAGGCCCGCAGCGUCUCGGUGGCCGCCUCGUUCCUCCUCCCGCCGCGCGAGGGCGCCGCUCUAGCCCCGCGGCGUCUCGGUGGCCUCCAGUCCGCUCCGCGGCGUUUGGAGGAAAUGGCUGCGAGACCCUAGAGGCCUGCGGCCCGCGGAGCUUACUCCGUGGGAGCAAUCUGUAGAUAAUCUGAAUUGUUGACAAUACGAAUCCUGUUACUAGCCGACAGUGACUGACAACAGCGAUGUUAUGAGGCCUGGCUGUCUACUUGGACCAACAGAUCUCAUCAGCCAGGGUUUUUUGUUGUGUUUAGAAUUUCAGGGGAAAGUGUCUGAGCUCUCAGUGUUGGGGCAGGUUUUCAUUUUAUGCCAGUCCUUCCCCUAGGAUGGAACUUGGUGUGAAAUCAGAGUCAUCAUUAGUAUUUAAAUGUCAUUAAAGCCUGGACAGCUUGGAAAAGAAUUCUCAAGGUAUGGAUGAUAAAUGCGAUCCGAGCAAUGAGGAGACACCUAAGGCCAUCAAGCCCACGAGCAAAGAGUUCAGGAAAACAUGGGGUUUCCGAAGAACCACUAUUGCAAAGCGGGAGGGCGCAGGUGAUGCAGAGGCCGACCCUGCGGAGCCGCAGCAGCACGGCCUGUCCUUGCGGCGUAGCGGCCGGCAACCCAAGCGCACAGAGCGGGUGGAGGAGUUCCUCACCACGGUUCGGCGCCGAGGAAGAAGGAGCAUCCCUGUGUCCCUCGAGGAUUCCAGCGAGCCAACGUCUUGUCCAGUCACAGACGCCGAAACCACUUCGGAAGGGAGCGUAGAAAGCACUUCUGAGGGCAGAAGUGGUCCCAAGUCUGGCUCCACUCGUGGGAAGGAACGACCGGCCUCUUCAGAGAAGGCCAAAGGAGGUGAUGACGAGGAUGCCACCUCUGAUAGUGACAGUGACGGGCUGACCUUGAAAGAGCUUCAGAAUCGCCUUCGAAGAAAGCGAGAGCAGGAGCCCACUGAGCGGCCCUUGAAAGGCAUCCAGAACCGCCUGCGGAAGAAGCAGCGGGACGAGGACCCCACAGAAACAGUGGACGUCCAGGCUGGUGGCGCUGUUGAGAGCACGCUGCCCAGCAAGCAGGAGCCUGGGGAUGAGCAUGGGGCUGCGGCCCAGGUCGGGAAGGGUGAUGGUGAGGCAGAGGGGACAGUGGCGCAGGGAGUCAAGGAGGAAGAACCUGGGGACUCGUGCAAGCCUAAGCCUGAGUGUGAGGUGUACGACCCCAACGCUCUGUACUGCAUCUGCCGCCAGCCUCACAACAACAGGUUUAUGAUUUGCUGUGACCGGUGUGAGGAAUGGUUUCAUGGCGACUGUGUGGGUAUUUCCGAGGCACGUGGAAGGCUAUUGGAAAGGAAUGGGGAGGAUUAUAUCUGCCCCAACUGCACCAUCUUGCAAGUGCAAGAUGAGACUAACUCAGAAAUCACAGAUCAGCCAGAGACUAAGUUCAGGCCCGGAGACACCGACGGCACCGACUUCACCAGCAUAGGGACGGUGGAGCAGAAGUCCAGUGAGGACCAGGGCAUAAAGGGCAGGAUCGAGAAGGCUGCGCAUCCAAGCGGCAAGAAGAAGCUCAAGAUCUUCCAGCCUGUUGUAGAGGCUCCUGGUGCCUCAAAGUGCAUUGGCCCUGGGUGCUCCAGCUUGGCACAACCUGACUCUGUUUACUGCAGUAAUGAUUGCAUUCUUAAACAUGCUGCAGCAACCAUGAAAUUUCUAAGUUCAGGUAAAGAACAAAAACCAAAACCUAAAGAAAAGAUCAAGAUAAAGCCAGAAAAGCUCAAUCUGCCAAAAUGUAGUGUUCAGGCAGGCAUUAAAAUCCCUUCCAUGCACAAGAGACCAGCUCCAGAAAAGAAAGAAAUCAUAGUGAAGAAGGUGAUGGUGGCCCUGUGCAGAAACGAAGCCCUGGGGAAGGAAGCGACCUGUGAGAGCAGCACGCCAUCGUGGGCGAGCGAUCACAAUUACAAUGCAGUGAAGCCAGAAAAGACUGCUGCUCCCUCGGCAUCACUGUUGUGUAAAACCAUCAAGGAAGACAGGAGACCUGAGGAGAAAGCAGCGGUGGCGGCAGCAACCUCAAAGAAAACAGCCCCUCCUGGCUCCGCAGCUGGCAAACAACCUCCACCUAGAAGUCUCGUUCCAAAGAAGUCUCCUUUCGCUAACUUGGCAGCAGCCAAACCAGCCAUUAAAAAGUCACCCUCAGGCUUUAAGGGAACCAUUCCCAAGAGGCCGUGGGCCACUCAGCCAGGCGGAACUUCAGCCACCAAGCAGGCCGGACUAACACCUGCUUCCAUGACAGCUGCUUCCAAAAAGUUACCUGGCUCUGCUGCUUUGGUCGGGCCCAUGAGGAAGCCAGUGGCAACCUCUGUUCCCAUGGCAUCUCUAGUCCCAGUACGCCUCGGGACCACAAGUCCUGCCUCGUCACAGCCAAACUCACAAAUUCGGCAAAAUAUAAGACGCUCCUUGAAGGAGAUUUUAUGGAAAAGAGUCAAUGACAGCGAUGACUUAAUCAUGACAGAAAACGAAGUAGGAAAAAUAGCCCUCCAUAUUGAAAAGGAGAUGUUUAACUUGUUUCAAGUUACAGAUAAUCGCUAUAAGAGUAAAUACCGCAGCAUCAUGUUCAACCUCAAGGACCCUAAAAAUCAGGGACUCUUCCAUCGUGUUCUUCGUGAAGAAAUCUCUUUGGCAAAACUUGUGAGAAUGAAGCCAGAAGAACUUGUAUCUAAAGAGCUUUCCACGUGGAAGGAGAGACCAGCGAAAUCUGUGUUAGAGUCCAGAACGAAACUGCACAGUGAAAACAAGAAGACGGCCGCCAGGCAGGAGCCCAUUCCUGACAUGGAGGACUCUCCGCCAGUGUCGGACUCGGAUGAACAGCAGGAAUCAGUGCGAGCUAUCCCUGAGAAAAGCACUGCACCUCUCCUCGACGUCUUCAGCAGUAUGUUGAAAGAUACAACCAGCCAGCACCGGGCACAUCUUUUUGAUCUAAACUGUAAAAUUUGUACAGGUCAGGUCCCAUCAUCAGAAGAUGAACCAGCACCAAAGAAACAAAAGCUGUCAGCUUCAACUAAAAAAGAGGACUCAAAGCCCAAGUAUGACAGCCCCCCAGCCGAUGCCGUGCCCCCCUCGGCUGACGAGGCGAUGCCAGAGGCUUUGCCAGAAGAUGCUUCCGAGCCAGACCUGGAAAGUGCUUCUUACCCAAAUGUGGGGCGGCAGUAUUUCCCCGGGCCUCCGGGAGAUAGCCAUCCCGAGCCCUCCCUGCUGGAGGGCAUCUCCCCCUGCCCAGCCUCCUGUGGGGGCGGGGUGGUCACCACUGUCACGGUGUCUGGCCGGGACCCCAGGACUGCUCUAGGCAGCUCAUGCGCAGGCCCAGCCUCUGCAGCAGCCCGUGCCGAUGGGGCCCACUCAGCAGAAACCAGAGCAGAUGUGCCGAAGCCUGCCAUGACUUCUGUGGUGGUGCCCAAGUCCAUACUGGCCAAGCCUUCCUCGUCCCCGGACCCAAGGCACCUCUCAGUUCCACCGUCACCAAGCCUCAGCAUCUCAGAGUCACGCUCCCCUCCAGAAGGAGACACGACCCUCUUUUUGUCUCGACUCAGCACCAUUUGGAAAGGAUUCAUUAACAUGCAGAGUGUAGCGAAAUUUGUCACUAAGGCGUAUCCUGUCUCUGGGUGUUUUGAUUAUCUCAGUGAGGAUUUGCCUGACACAAUUCACAUUGGUGGGAGGAUCGCACCGAAGACGGUUUGGGAUUAUGUUGGCAAACUCAAGUCUUCUGUGUCUAAGGAGCUGUGCCUGAUCCGCUUCCACCCCGCCACAGAGGAAGAGGAGGUUGCCUAUAUCUCUCUCUACUCCUAUUUUAGCAGCCGUGGCCGUUUCGGUGUUGUAGCUAAUAACAACAGGCACAUUAAGGACCUCUACUUGAUUCCACUGAGUGCCAAGGACCCUAUUCCAUCCAAACUCUUGCCCUUUGAGGGACCAGGUCUUGAGUCACCGCGUCCGAAUAUAAUCCUUGGGUUAGUGAUCUGUCAGAAAGUGAAACGGCCUUCAAAUGCUGGCGAGCCGGACAAGGGGGACGAGAAGCGGGCCCGGCUCCAAGAGGACACGGACGUUGCUGUCUGUCCGAAAGUCCCCGCGGCCCCGCAGCCUGACAAGAAGCCCUCCAGGUACCAGCUCCACUCUGGGGACACAGCCGCCAGCUCCACGCCCCCAGGGUCUCCUCCACCCCCGCCCCCGCCCCCGCCCCCUCCCCCAGAGCUGCCGGGUGCGAAGGUGCUGUCAUCCUUCAAACCGCCACCCGCGUCAGCAGCGGUCCCUGUGGCGGUGGCUUCCUCUGUCACUUCAUCUACUUCGAAGACCGCUUCGCCACUGGAACACAUCCUGCAGACUCUCUUUGGAAAGAAGAAAGCGUUUGACCCUCCUGCCAAGGAGGCUGCUGGGCCCGGGGCCGCUUCCCCCCAGGACUCCAAAGCCAAGGUGGGCGACGGGGUGUCGGCACCUCCUCUGCUGGAUCCGAUCGUGCAGCAGUUUGGUCAGUUCCCACAAGGCAAGGCCCUGGAGGAGGAGGAGGAUGACAGGCCGUAUGACCCCGAGGAGGAGUACAACCCGGCGGGGGCCUUCGACAGCCAGCUCGCAGAGCGCAGUGCACGUCAGGACGGGCAGCGGGCCCCCGAGGCCCCCGAGCGGGAAGAGGUGGCCUACGACCCCGAGGACGAAACGAUUCUAGAAGAAGCCAAGGUGACUGUGGACGACCUGCCCAACAGGAUGUGUGCAGACGUCAGGGGCAGCGCCACGGAGAGGUCUGCUGAGGGCGCUGCCCCCUCUCUGGUGGAGCAGCAGCGCAUGCUGGAGGAGCUGAACCGGCAGAUCGAGGAGCAGAAGAGGCAGCUGGAGGAGCAGGAGGAGGCGCUGCGGCAGCAGCGGGCGGCCGUCGGCGUGUCCAUGGCCCACUUCUCCGUGUCGGACGCGCUCAUGUCCCCGCCACCCAAGUCGUCCCUGCCCAAGGCCGAGCUGUUCCAGCAGGAGCCACAGGCGGCACUGCCCCCCGUGGGCCAGGCCUCGAGCCAGAGAGACCCGCGGCAGGCCAGGCGGCUGGCCACCGAGAGCGGUGAGGGCCCAGCAAAUAGCACGCAGGGCGCCCCACCUGUGAGAGAUGCUUCCGGAGGCCCUGCUGUGGGGCAGGUGCUGGGGCUGGCCCAGGAAGAGGAGGCUCCUCCGUGGGCUCCAGCCGAGAAGGCCCCUCCUGUGUCAGACCAGGAUCCCAGGGGUGAGCCCUCGGGCAGCCCCGCCCUGCAGCCCGGGGAGAGUGGCCUCCCCACCGCUGGGGGCGACAGCUCAGCCAGGCCUGCCCGAAGGGUGCUGCUGCCCACACCCCCCAGCGCCUCCUUGCAGCCCAGCUGCCCUCCACAGGGCGACGGGGCCAAGGACCCCUUCUCAGGUCCAGGGUUCGUGUCUCAGGAACAGCCUCUUGGCCCCCCCCAGUAUGAGGACCCCAGACAUCCUCAUUCUGCUGGGAAAAGUGACAGCCCCACCCGGGAGGCUGAGGGCGACAGAGAGAUGCAGGCCAGGCCUGGCGAGGGGGCCACCCUGUUUCCCCUGCCAGGACAGAAAGGAGGGGCGCCCCAGUGCCAGGGUCCCCGUGAACCAGGGCCAAGAGCUUUCGGUAUGUCAGGACUUCAUGGCCCCACUUUCCCCGGACCAAGGGGGCCAGUCCUUCCGUUUUCAGAAGAGAGUCUCAUUCCUAACACAGAGGGGCCAAGAGGGCCACCUCCGGCCAGAUUCGGAGCCCAGAAGGGGCCCCUCCCUUCCUUAUUCUUAGGACCGCAUGGGCCACCACCCUAUGGGGACAGCAGAGGCCCCUCACCCUCCUACCUGGGUGGGCCGAGAGGAGCUGCACCCUCCCAAUUUGAAGACCGCAAGGACCCCCGUGGGGAGAAAAGGGAAUUCCAGGACACCCCAUAUAACGAAAUGGCGGGCCCCCCUGCCCAACUUGAAGGACCAGAGCAAGCCCAGCACUCGGGAGGCAGAGGCCCGGCACCUUUCCAGUUCGGAGGCCAGAGACGGCCUCUGCUGUCUCAGCUUAAAGGGCCCCGAGGAGGGCCCCCUCCUGCUCAGUUUGGGGGUCAGAGAGGACCACCCCCUGGCCAUUUUGUGGGCCCAAGAGGGCCCCAUCCCAGUCAGUUCGAACCCGCCCGGGGCCCCCAUCCCAAUCAGUUUGAAGGACCCAGAGCUCAAGCACCGAAUUUCAUGCCGGGUCCCAGGGGGAUUCAGCCCCAGCCCUUCGAAGAGCAGAGAGUAAACUCGCCACCAAGAUUUGCAAAUCAGAGGGCACCAGCGCCCAUUCCCUUUGGUGGGCCCAGGGGGUCUGCACCCUUUUCUGAAAAGAGCGAGCAGCCCCCUCCUCGGUUUCACUUCCAAGGCCAGCCCCCCCAGGUGCUGAAGCCAGCCCCCCGGCCCCUGCUGGAGCUCCCCAGCCACCCCCCGCAGCACAGGAAGGAGCGCUGGGAUGAGGCGGGCCCGCCCUCCACCCUGCCCUCCGGAGCGCCUGGACAGGGCCCUGAGGCUGACGGGCAGUGGGCACCGCCCGAGCUGCGAGAGGGCAAAGGCCAUGACCACAGGAGCCAGCCCUUCGAGGGGAGGCCGCGGGAGAAAGCCCCGGAGGAGCCGGAAACCCGGCUGCCCGAGGGCCGGCCGGGCCGGGGGUUUGAGGACAGGAGGAGGGAGCGGGAGCGCGGCCACAACUGGAGCAGAGAGAGAGACUGGGAUCGGAGCCGAGAGUGGGAGCGCCACCGGGAGAGGGACUCCAGCCGCGAGUGGGACAGGAGCCGAGAGAGGAGCGCGAACAGGGACAAGGAGCGAGAGGCCGACCGCGGCCGGGACAGGGGCAGGAACAGGGAUCGAGAGCGCGACCGCAGGCGAGACCGAGACCGGUCUCGGAGCCGAGAGCGGGACCGGGAGAGGGCCAGGGACAAAGACCGAGAGCCACGGGGCCGAGACCGCAAGGACCGGAGCAAGAGCAAAGAGAGUGCCCAGGACCCAAAGCCUGAGGCCGCCAGGGCCUCAGAUGCACAGGCCUAGGGCCCGGCCGCGGCGCCCACCGCCGGCCAGCGGGUCCCAUCUCCGCCCGGCAAAGACCCUUGUAAAAGCCACGUUGAUAAAAUGUGUUGAACAAAUAGUUUUUGAAAUAGCUAUGAACUUAGAUUCGGGGUAGAAUAUUCUGGACUUCAGAAGUUACUGUAAUUUUGUGUAAAUGGUUUCUUACAAGAUUUCACCUUUACAAUUCUGAUGCUUUUAAAAAAAAAAAACUAAGAACUCUUAAUAUUUCCAUUUAAAAUUACAGAAAUGGGAAAAUGUCUACAAGAGCAUAUUGCUUUUUCCGAUUAUAAAGUUAUCUUUUCCAAUAACUUGACUACUGUAAAUGUUAAGGGAGUCUCCUCGGACCCUAGAGCCAUACCUUAGCCGACGUCUCAGUACUUCUGUCUGCAGAAGCCGUUCUCACGGGUCUCCGGCAGCCCCAGCUGGUGCUGCAGCCGAGCUGCACAUGUGUCCCCUGCCCCCACUGUGGGAGGGCAGGGGUUAGGAUCUGGAAUGUUGAGAAACAAAAAACUUAAAAAAUGCAUCUUUCUUUUGCCAUAAGGAAGUUUGAAUUACAAAUUUCAACCAGGACACAAAAACACAUUUCUUAGUUUUGCACAGUUUCUAUGUAUGUAUCACCUUAUAAAUUUUUUUCAAAAAAUUGAUUAAAAGCAACAACAUCUGUCCUAGUAGAAAUUGUUGCAUUUAAAUAACAAUUUAUUGGAAAAUGUUUAAAUUUUACCAGCCUAAAGAAAAUGACAAACCAGUUAAGUGUGCUUUAAAAGGGUGGUGGUGGGGCAGGGGUUGCUUUGAUCUCAGCCUUCAGGAACGUUGUGUUUGUAGAAUUUGCCACCUGAGCAGAUCCUCCUUGUCCCGGGGAAAGUGCACUCGGCUCAGCUCCAAACUGAGGGAUUGUCUGGCGGUAGAUUUAAAGUUUGUCGUUGUAAAUGGAACAAUAUUUGUAUAAAGUCUGAGGUGGAAAUUAGUUGGUCAUUAGUUCAGGAACUGCAAACAAAAUAGAAAGCUUGUCACUGAAAUACAGUGUCUGCUUCCUGUCGUGUAUUUCCAAGUACUUCUGAAGCGUGACAUAGAGAAAAUCCGGCUAAUUUAUUUGUACAAAUACACUUUGAUAAUUUUUUAUAUUUUCAUAAACUUACUUUUACAGAUGUAAAAUUAGAGGAUUUCAUUUGUUCUUUAGAGUCUGUUAUUCCAUUGUACAUCACUACAGAUUUUUCACUUUAUAGCACAAAUUUUUAAGUUAAGAAAACAUCGAGAACCUAUCAAUUUGGGAAGUUUGGUAUUUUAAACGAAGUGUCAGUAGGUUAAAUUACAGUAAAGUAGGUAUUGUUCCAACAUCUAAUAUGAUGUGAAGGUUUUUUUUUACAUAGAAAGCAAAUUUUUCUAAUUUAAAUACACAAAUGUAAAAAUCAGUGUGUUUCUUUAGGUUUACUUGAUAGAAAUUUCUGUAAAUUGUAUUUUAUAUUGCAGAGUAUUAUAUCACUGUACAUUAAAACAUGGAACUUCAUAGAUUUUGUUACUUGAAGUAGAAUAAACAUCUACAG